AUGUAUGAGUUUCUACUGAGAUUACUUUUGCUUAAUGGCAAUGUAACUGACAUUUCUGAGCAAAAUACCAAUUCAACAAAUUUAUCAAACUCAACAGCAGUACUACCACUAGUACGUACACCUCGAAUUAUUGGUGGCUAUGCAACAGACGCAGUACAUCUACCGUAUUUGAUUAAUAUAUCGAAAUUUGGAGUAUUUACGUGUGGAGGUGCACUGAUAACACAAAAAUGUGUGAUUACUGCUGCACAUUGCACAAAAGAUGCUGUGGCAAGUGACUUUAGUGUACGUGGUGGUAUUACAUAUCUGAGCGAGAAAAGGAACAUCCGAAGAGUUCGACAGUUUUUUGUCUCACCAUUAUACGACAAAAAGGCUUUGGAUUACGAUGUUGCUAUACUUCAAUUAAGUUCACUUCUAGAAGGCAGAGAUAUUGAAACCAUACAAUUGAGUGACAAAAAUAUAACCACAGGAGACGUAGCCAAAGAGCCGCACCGCCAAGCCAUAACGUUAGUUGGCUUGCAGGCUGGCAGGAAGACAAGCAUUAGACAUGCUUUAGCGAAAGGACAUUUGCAGGCACAUCCUUCGAAUGGGGCGUCGCUAAAGGACAACCUGCACACAGAAGAAAAAAUAUAA